AUGACGCCCUCUAUCAAGACACGCAUUCUAAUACUAUCUGAUACCCACGCACAAAUGUUUCCGCCCGGUAUGGAGCCUCUACAGCGAGCAGACGUGGCAAUUCACUGCGGCGAUCUAACAAACGACUCAAAACUGAAAGACUACCGAGAGGCAAUCCAACUACUAGAGAACAUCAACGCUCCGUUAAAGAUUGCUAUCGCAGGAAACCAUGAGUUUUCCCUUGAUGAUACGGCGUACAAGCAAAAGAUCGAAGAAACAUGCAGGAUACAGCAAGAAGAUAUCAGCAAGGACAUCAUGGCCGAGUUUGGCGAGUUCGGGGAAGCGAAAAAGCUACUUCUGCAGGCGAGAGACAAGGGCAUUGUUUUCUUGGAAGAGGGCACUUACAAGCUUCAACUUCCCAAUGGUGCUACUCUGAAGCUUUACGUCAGUCCGUAUACACCUGCUCACAACUGCGGUGGCUGGGGCUUCCAGUACGACGGCAUUCACGAUUUCGACAUCAAACAGGGGACCGACAUUGCUAUAACACACGGCCCACCUCACGGAAUCAUGGAUAUGACUUCAAAAAAGGAACGUAUCGGAUGCCCGCAGCUAUUCGGCGCAGUUGCGAGAGCCCAGCCACGGAUCCAUUGCUUCGGGCACGUUCACGAGAGUUGGGGUGCAAAGCUGGUGUCGUGGAGAUCUAAAUUGUCAGAGAUUCCGGAUCAUUUUAAUGACAUCGACAACGACAAGUCAUUUGUGAUUGAAAAUUUGGCACGGUUGCGUGGUUCCAAGUUUGAGUCUCGGGAGGAUAAAAAGGAGAGGGAAGAGAGGAUAGAUCUUUACAGGUCGCAACGAUGUUGCCAUUACAGUCACGAUGACAGACCAAUUAAACCUGGGGAGACUAUGUUUAUCAAUGCUGCACUUAUGGGAACUGGACUAAUUAUCCAGAUCCCGUGGAUGGUAGACAUUGAUCUGGACCAAUAUCAAGGGGUAGAGAAUAAGGAGGACAUGCCGGAUUACAUGUCUGGGGUCGAUUCUCGAGCUCAAGGCAAAGGCAAACGAAGACGAAAUGGUGGAUCUUGUCCUGAUCUUACAACCGAGAGAGACAUGAAAAGGAGGAGGAUAUCCUGGUAA